CCGGUCGAGCAACACACACAAGGCAUAUCGCAUGCAUGUGCAUUCGUUUCGUUUUCGAUUUUACGUUUAUAACGAUAUUCUACCAAACACGAACGGCACGACUUCUUUUAUAGUGAUACUUUCUUGUGAGAUAAAACGCUCGUUCAAGAGUUUUAAAAAGGCACUGUUACCUCAGGAAUUUUAUACUUAAAUCGUUCUAAGUACUUACCCAAAUCGGCGCAAAAUUUAAAAUGUUGAGGAAUAUAAUACUAUCUACCGUCAUCCUGGCCAUCCUAUGCAUCAAUCUUUCAGUCAGUAAACAACCGACAACUUCUAAAAAUCACGAACUCCUUACGAAGUUAGGUCUACAAAGAAUCAGAGGACCGAACAGCCAUCAUAGGAAGAGGCUAGCUGUAGAAUCUAGACACCAUAGUCGAUCAGAUGACUCCCAUAUGUUCAUAGUUAAGUUGCCGCCUCACCCACAUUAUUAUGUGCACAAUAAACCUAACUCCAUUGAUGAUUUAAACAGUAAAAGUAGGAAUGUACCAGUUGGUUUUAAGAAUAAUGGAAAACCCGCCAAAAUCUACCACUGGAAUCUGCCGUUAAUGAAAAAAAUAGCAUCUAGCCAUAAAGCCAAAUCCGAAGACUACCCUAUGGAUUUCAGGCAACCGGAAAGCUGGAACGAGGUCAUCGAUAAACCUAUAAAAGAGAAGAAACCUCAUAAACCUUCAUACUACGUACCAGCUAAGCCUAAAAAAUCAGGAUUCACUAAAUACUUUCCUGGUAAUGGAAAACCACAUUCUUUCUAUGUAAUCGAGAAGAGCAAGAAGGCACAUUAUCACAGGUUACUACCGUAAACGUAAAGUUCAUAAAGACUGUGCAAUAUAUUAUGUAUCUAUAUUAGACUGACCUUUUAAGCU